AUGGGUAAACGAUCGGAGAUCUCACUCCGUAGUCGUUAUCUGACUCCUUCUGAUAUAGCUUUGAGGUUAUUCCAAGGAAAGGCUGAUUUGAUUAAUCAUGUUGAAGCCGCGGCUUGGUUGGGUGACAAUACGCCCGAUAGAUCCGAUAUUCGAAAGGCUUAUAUGAGGUUAUUUGAUUGGACUAAUAGUAGCGUUUUGGCAUCUUUAAGAUCAUUAUGUGAUAAGCUUUAUAUGAAAGCUGAAUCUCAGCAGCUUGACAGAAUUAUUGAUUCGUUUUCCGACAGGUGGUGUGAAUGUAACCCUCGUCAUGGCUUCAAAUCGCCUGGGGUGAUCUAUACUCUGGCAUAUUCCAUUUUACUGCUGAACACAGAUCACCACUCGGAGGAGUUCACCUCGGCAAAAAAGAUGCCAAGGUCACAAUAUGUUCAACAGACUUUUGAGACUAUGCGAAGUCUCCUGAAAGGUGAAGGCAUGAUGGCUGAUGAUAAUAACUCAAUCCUUAGUCGGAAACGUACUUCGAUUGAUUCUCUUUCAAGAAGACCCUCGUCGAUGAAAAGAUGGAGUACUACUGUUGCAUCAACCAAGGUUGACAAUACAACCCUUGUUUGUGAUGACUCUCACUAUACAGUAAAAGAAUGGGAGAGUUUGAUUAUGUCCCUUUUAAAGGGAAUUUACACUUCCAUUGAUCUGACCCCCCUAAAUCUUGCUCGAGGGUCAAAUAACUGUCCACCUAGAGUUUAUCUACAUGCACAAUCUUCUGCUACUUCCUUAAAUAACUAUUACGGAGCACCUUCUAAUUCUAGUGAUGUUUACAAUCGCGGUGCUUUAAUGUCAAGAUUAAGCUUAAACCGUCGAUCUAGCUGGAUAUCCUCAUCUGAUGCUUGGUCUGACUACGAAUAUCAAGGAAUUAUCGCAAACAACCAGCCUAUCAUGGGUGACAGAAGGAGCAUGUAUAUUAAGGCCGAUGAACCAAUUGGGUUUUCAGGUGUUCUCAGGAAUUCCAUAAUACGAGAAGAACGUGCUGCCGCAAAGGCAGGCAUAUUGGGUCACUCUGAUCUUGCAUCUAUUGGUAGAGAUUCCUUAGGAAUCCUUGGGACGGCUAAUGAAGAAGAUGAAGAUGAUGCUUCUUCGAGUAGUGUCGUGAGCAGUAAGGAAUUGAGAAGGGGUCGGAGUCCAGGAGGGCAAAGUUCACCUAAUACUUCUCAAGAAGAUAGCUCAGAUGAGCCUACAACGGUCAUAACGAUCAAUGAUUUUGGAGAAGAAACGGAAGAUGAGGAUGUUGCCUUUGAAGAAAAGCUUGAGUUGACUGGAGCACCCUGGGCUAAAGAGGGUCUCCUUAAGUUUCAGGCGUUUGUCAAUGGAGGAAUAAGCAAAAAGUAUAGAAAGCGAGAAGGAUGGCUUCAAGUAUUUGUCAUCGUUCAAAAAGGAUAUCUCAAAAUCUUUAGAUUUGAUCACCCUAGUCGCAAUGAACGACCAAUCAACUAUACUUUUGAUCCUCCAAAUGCCUAUAGUAAUGUUGGUGGUGGUAACUGGCUGGAUAGGGCAACCCUCACCGAUAAUAUUCCUCUUUGUCAAACAAUGGCACAAGCAAUUCCUGUGACCAAUAUGAGUGCAGGUAUGAAGAAUAGCAUCAUCAUUUCGAGCUCAGCCUAUAUGUCCAUGCUUGAACCUGACCAUGUUGAUUGGUCACUGACAUUGCCCAACAAAUCUGUUCUGGUUUUCCGUGCUGGAACAAAAGAGAUAGCUGAUGAAUAUGUAUACACAUGCAACUACUGGGCAGCCAGGAGCUCAAAAGAGCCACUUGUUGAAGCUGUAUCGAGUUCUGAAUACGGGUGGAAUUAUCCCUUAGAGAAAGUUGCUGAAAAAAGAAAGGAAGAUGCUCAUUAUAAGCCAUUAGUUCAAUCGGGCGCAUAUGAUGCCAUUGUUAUCGACGGCCAAAAAAUUCAAAUAAGAGAGUGGCGAUCACCUCUAGUGUCGCAAGUUCUCUCCAAUUUAGAUGAGUCUAACCAGCUUGAGAUGUUGAAAAGGUUUAAUACAGCGGUCGAAAAGCAUUUGGAGGAUCACAAUGCUUCAAGAGCAGAAAUGAUUCAACUGUUCCAAUCUGCCUUACUUGUUUCGGCUCGUGCUCAUUCGAAUUGGGAGAGAAAAUCGCAGUAUCUGCUCAAAGAGACAGUAAAGUACGGCAUGUAUAUUUCUACUUUGGAAAAAGCCAUGGAACAACGUAGAGAUUUGGAAUUAAAAGCAAAAAGUAUGACAGUCUGA